AUGACAGAGGUGGAAGGGACCACCACAGUGCAGGUGGCGGUGCGAGUGCGGCCUCUCAGCGACAAGGAGAUCAAAGAGGGUGGCACAGAGUGUGUCGAGGUCAACGAUGCCACAGUGACCCUCCACCAAGACAAAGACCAGCCGCCGGCCGUCUUCGCCUUCGAUCAUGUAUUCGGCCUGGACUCCACACAGCCGCAAGUCUUCGAAACGCUCGGCAUGCCUUUGCUGGACAAAGCCUUCGAAGGCUACAACGCCACCAUCUUCGCCUAUGGCCAAACUGGGUCGGGCAAGACCCAUACCAUGAUGGCAGACAGGAAGUCGGACGACCGGGGCCUGAUUCCCCGCAUCUCCGACAACCUCUUCCAGAGGGUGAGUCGGCUGACCUCGGACAGCCGGAAGUUCCUGAUUUGCUGCUCCUUUCUUGAAAUCUACAAUGAGAUCGUCUACGACCUCCUGGUUCCGCGCGGGAAGAACACCCCCAAAACAGGCCUCGAGAUUCGGGAGGGCAAAGGCAUCGGCGUCUACGUCAAGGACUUGCAAGAGAUCGUGGUGGACACUUCCGACAAAGUCCUGAAGCUCAUCGACCAGGGCUUCGAGCACCGGGCCACAGCCGCCACUCAAAUGAAUGCAACGAGUAGCCGAUCGCACUGCCUCUUCAUCAUCAAGAUGCAUCAGAAGGAUGAUCAGAACGCCGCGAACAACAACUUCUCCAAGAUGAAUCUGGUAGACUUGGCCGGCAGUGAGCGAGCCUCCCGGACGGGCGCGCAGGGCGACACACUCAAAGAGGGCGCCAACAUCAACAAAAGUUUGUCGGCGCUGGGCAACGUGAUCAAUGCCCUUAGUACCAUGUCAGGAGGCAGCAAGAAGGUCUUCAUUCCCUACCGAAACUCCAAGCUGACACGAGUCCUUCAGGAGUCUCUGGGAGGGAAUGCGCUGACAACCAUGAUGGCUGCCUUGUCGCCUUCCAAGACAAACGCGGACGAGAGCUUGUCCACCCUGAACUACGCAAAGCGAGCCAAGACCAUCAAGGUGAACGCCACAAAGAACGACGAGGCGGAGCAGAUCGCCAAGUUGGAGGAGGAGGUCGAAGCACUGCGCACGAAGCUCUCCGAGCAGGCGAGCGGCCUGGCCGACACCAGCCGUUACGAGAAUCAGAUCGCCGAAAUGGAGAAGUUCAUGAAGCAGACUUGGGAGGACAAAGAGCGCCAGUCUCUGGAGCAUGAGGAGGAAAGGAAGCGCCUGGAGCAGGAGGCGCAGAAGAACAUUGAGCGCUUGAACGAGGAGAGGAAGCGCCGGCUGCGGCUGCUGGAGGAGAAGGGCGAUUUGGAGCUAACGGUGCAGGAGCUGCAGGGCCUCAAUGGCGGGGACCGCGGAUCGCUGUACACCUCAACGUGGCCAGGGCAGAUCUCGCGGCUGCUCGCCUUGGAGAACCGAGUCACGGCUCAGUGCCGGGCCGCCGCCCUGCUGAAAGACGCGGUGAUCCACGACGUGGAGCACUGGUGCGAGAAGCAGAAGCAGGUGCAGGCGGGGGAGGAGGACGGCACCGGCCUCCGCAUGCUGCUGCAGCAGGCGGAGCGGAAGGUUGGCACCAUGCUGCGGGAGUUCGAGUCCCUGGGGAAGCAAGAGCAGGAGCUGGCGGCAGAGGUGGCCACCUGGAUGCCCCAGGUUCAGAGAGCCGUGGUGGGCAUCAAGGAGUGUGAGGAGGAAGACAAGACCGAAGAAGGGGGCAAGGACACAAGUACCGCAAGCAAUGAGGUGUCUGAAGAGUUCAUUCAGGUGCUGGGUUUGGUCUUGCGGCAGUUGGACAAUCACCGAAUGAAGAUCUGGGGCCAAAUUGCAGAGGACCACAAAGCGUUGGGUGGCUUCACCACACACCUUCAGACCCUGGCGGACUGCGGCCGCGGACUAGGCGCCGAUGUCGGUCCGCUACUGGAGGAGAUGAAGCAAGAGGAGGGCUCUCGACGCUUGCCGAAUCACGGCGACGAGGUCGCAGCAGCUUUGGCAUCACCCCAAGGCCUGACAUCAGAGGAGCUGCCGGAUGCCAACAUCUCUGCCAGCUCCAACCCCCAGGCCUGCGGCUCCGUGCGGCUCCAUGGCGGGGUCAAUCGCAUGAAGGCGGCCUUCAGUGGCUGGAGCCCGGUGUCAGAUGCAGCAUCUGAAUACAUCCAGGUGGACCUGGCCAAGCCGAUCUGGGUGAGCAGCUUCGCCAUGCAGGGCCGCAGGCCCAUCAGCGGUGACUGGGAGGCGACGCGGCCGCUGCUGGCCGAGUUGCUGGAUCCGGGGGACCCGCUGCCCCCGAGCAGGUUCUUUAAGCGGCCGCCUGUGCGGUUGAUCCAUGACGUGGUGGUGGCUGUUCACGGGCGCCACCAGGCACUGUCUGCUGGCAAGCCUGACUUCACAGCUGCGCAGCUCGACUAUAAACAGCUGCAGAACGCAGAUAGACAAGCCAAGGUGGAUUUCUUUGAACUACUCUUGGCGAAGGCUGUCCAUGCCAUCAAGGGUGCCGGAUGGCAAGACAAGGUGCCUCCUCUGAAAGUGAGCCCGGCUGACAUCCUGGGCGGCAAGAACACAUCGGAGAGCAAUCGCCUGCUGCAGAUCUUGUGCUACCUCGGGCUGAGGAAGAAGUUGCAGAACGUGGGUGGCCUGACGGAUGUGUCCGACCAGUGGGUGAAGAAGUUCACGGCGCUGUGGAGCGACAAUGGCAAGGAGUGGACGCCCUUCACGGCGCCUGGGGUGAAGGAGCCCUCCGUCUUCGAGGGCUGCUGUGACGCGGACACGGUCCGCCUGGUCCAUCUGGGGCUGGCGCAGGCCCCGAAAGCGGUGCGAUACCUGCGCCUGCAGCCGCAGGAGUGGCAGUCCCAUCCCGGGCUCCAACUAGAGGUAUAUGGCUGGGCCGAUGGCAAGCUCAAGGUGGAGACCCCGAUUCCGCCAUCCUUGCGGGACAGGGCUUGCCGCCUGGAUGUCAUCCGGCGGCGCGGCGAGCUGCUGCAACAAGGCCUGGCGCUGGCCAGCGCGGCGGCGUUGGAGAGAUGGAAGGAGGCGCAGCAAGCAGAGCAGGAGAAGACGAAGCAGGCCAUGGCAGAAAGGAGCCAGGUGGAGCAGCAGCUCCAGGACGCCGUGGCGAAGCUGGAGGAGAUGCGGAAGGCCUACGACCUGCUCCAGGACCAGGCUGCGCAGAGCGAGCAGAAGCUGCUCGACGCCGAGACGGAGAGGCUGCGAUUAGGAGUGGAGCAAGACAGCUCCACGGCGCAGGUGAAGGUAUUGGAGGAGAAGUUGGCGCAAGCAAUGGAGGAGACGGGGGCAGAGAAAGAGAAGGUAAAAGAGGUGGAGGGCAAAGUGGAGGAGAUGAAGACGAUCAACGAGGACCUGCAGCAGCAGAUCGGCGUGCUCACCGAAGAGCGCGACAUCGCCCGUGCGCGGGAGGAGGAGCUCUUCGACACGCUGGCCGUGAAGGAAGAGGAGCUGAUGAACACCAAUGAAGGGUACGUGUACCUCACCGAUCAGCUGAACGAGGUCAAGGAUGAGUAUGCGGAGAAGGUGGAUGAAUGCGACCGCCUGAUCGAGAAUCUCAAUGAGCAGAACAAGAAGCUCCUGGACGAAGGCCUCAAGCUCAGGCAAGAUUUGGGGGACACCAAGCGCAAGCUGGCAGAGGCAGAGAAGGCCGUUCAGCGAGCUGAGCAGGGACUGCCAGUUUCGUUCAAGGUUGCCAAAGAUGCGGCUUCAAAGGAGAACAGGCCAGAGCGAGCUGUCACCGCCAGCCCAACAGACGUCGGUAUCGAGGAGUCACCCAGCAAGGUCCGGGAAUAUCAGGAUGAUUUCGAGGAUGAAUGA